UCGUACCUAAAGCGGAAACAGAAGUCAUUCGGCAGAAAAUGUCUAGCAAAGCCUCAUUCGCCGUGUUGUCAAUCAUUGCCUUGUGUCUGGCGUGCGUCCAGGCUCAACCUCUUUUGCAUAAAGGGAGACGUUGCAAAUGCAUCAACACCAUCAACCGGUUACAUCCUUCAAUGAGAAUCAACAAUGUUAAAAUCUUGGUCCAACAGGAUUAUUGUCCAAACGUGGAGAUCAUCGUCAAUCUGCAAAAUGGCAACAAAAUCUGCUUGAACCCAACGUCAGUGAUCGGAAAGAAAAUCAUUAACCUGAUGGAGCUCAAAAAGAACGAAUAAACUGAAUGAACAAAAAUAAUGUUACCGGCCGCAACAGUUAACACGGAACAAAUUGAACGAGACUGAGAAAUGGGAACAGUUAUUCUGCGUGACACGGAAAUAUGAAGACACAAUAUUUUGUUUUGCUAUUUACAGUUUUUAAGCUUAUAUAAUUUUUUCAUUGUGGAUCUCACAAAUCCUAAACUAGGAGACCAAACACCCAAUAAUCUUCCAAAUGACUCAACGCGCUCACAAUGUUUCAUCAUUUCAGUAAUAAAGGGCUGAUUGAUGGCACUGAAGCCGAUCUCCCAACCGUGACUUGAUGAAGCGUUAUAUGAAGUUUUCGUGAUAUUAGUUAGAAACCGACUAAAAAAAAAUGUUCGGUUUUUUUUGGAUGCCACAUCAAAAUGUUGUCUCUGAAGGCUGCUUUGCAAGUUUCCGCUUUAAACAGCCGGAUUGAUGGUCUCCGAGUUUAAAAAAAAGCUAUUUCGGGAGUCAAGAUGUGGUAUUAUAAAUCGGUAUAUUGAUAAUGGCAUCGAUUAGUUCUCAAAAUUGUGUCGCGCUUUGCUAGUGUGGAUUGUCGCCAAACAUUGCCUAACCAGAAGGUUACUUGUGAGUUUGGUCCAGUCGUCAAUUUUUUUUUAUAUAGCAAUUUUAAAGGCAUUUACGCGAAAAAAAAAAGCGGGGGGGGGGUGUGGGGGUGGGAGUGCGGGGUGGGGGGGAAUACAGCUAUUUUUAAUUACUUUCCGAAUCACGGUAAAGUUUUCAUUACGUCAUUUAGAGACAGCUCUAAAAAUGAGUAUCGUUUGCUCGGGUAUGACAAGAAGCAGAGAUGUUUCUGAUGGCGGUUGCACAUCGCUGAAACGUUCUAUUUCUUUACGCGUCGCCGUGCAGGAUUCUUUUAAUGUGUCGGCCAAUAAAAAAAUACAAGAACGAC